UCUGCAAAGAAGAGUAGCAGUGAGCCCAGUCCUUUUGUCCAAUUCACUGUGGGACACAAAACCCUGGAGAGCAAGAUCCGCUAUAAGACCAAGGAGCCUCUUUGGGAGGAUUGCUUCUCCUUUUUCGUCCACAACCCGAAGAGGCAGGAGCUGGAGCUGGAGGUGAAAGAUGACAAGCACAAGUGCACCCUGGGUAAUCUGACGGUGCCUCUGAGCAGCCUGCUGACGGAGGAAAACAUGACGCUGACUCAGAGCUUUCCUCUCAAAAACUCCGGACCCAGCUCCACCAUCAAACUGAGGAUGGCUCUGAGGAUCCUCUCUCUGGAGAAGCAGGUUUCCUCCGACCUGCCGUCCUCCGUCCAGGUCAGGAAGUCCAGCGUUCCUCAGCCCAAAACCUCCAAAGCAACGCCAUCUCCAAGACGCUCCGCCUCACAUUCCCAGUUAUCUCCUCCCACUCCCCCAACUCCUCCUCCUAUACAGAGUAUCUCCUCCCUGACGCUGCAACAUCGUGAUGGAGAGCCGUACUCCUCGAGUCCUCUGAGGAGCAACAACAACAAUCAGAAACCUCUCUCUCACAAAGACUCUACGGCCAGCCUCGCCUCCGACAUCUCGCUGCCCUUCGCCACCCUGGAGCUCCAGCAGAGGCUCCGACAGCUGCAGAAUGGCUCGGCGCCCGGUCAGUUCCUUCUGGGUGAGGUCCAGCUGACGGUCAGACACAGCUCCCAGAGGAACAAACUCAUCGUGGUGCUGCACGCCUGCCGUAACCUGAUCGCCUUCACUAAAGAUGGAUCUGAUCCCUUCAUCCGCCUCUAUCUGCUGCCGGACAAGAGUCGAACAGGCAGGAGGAAGACGAGCACGAUGAAGAGGACCCUCAAUCCUGUUUACGAUCAAACGUUUGAGUUCAGUGUUUCUAUGGUGGAGCUCCACAGGAGGACUCUUGACGUAGCCGUGAAGAACGGAGGAAGCAUCCUGUCCAAACACAAAGGCUUUCUGGGAAAGGUACUUGUGGAUUUAAGUGGGGAGGAUAUCUCUAAAGGAUGGACGCAAUGGUAUGAUCUGAGUGAUGACGGCGUGUCGUCUCAAAGCUUAAGAAGUAUUCACGACCCCCUCCUCUCAUAAUGGACUCUCCCGUUUCUGCUGUAAUAGAGACAUCUUGAUAUUAUAAGGGCACAUUUAUUUAUGUACAUUUUUCAAGUCAUCCCAGGACUCAUGUCAGCAUGCAACAACAUCUCCCAUCUCAUCCUCAUCCUGGUACAGAUUGCGAUGCGUUUGAACUCACUAACUGCCUUGUCUCCGGUGUUUUAUGUAAAUAAGAAGAUGAUAAUAUAAUGAUUUGCAGGGGCUUUGUGGCAUUAUAUUGAAAUAUGUCAACCUGGUUAUUACCGUCUGUCCCAUUUGUUCAAUUCUGUUUGAGAACUCGUACCAAAGGAACGGAAACAAACACAAACGUAGCGACAUUUCUUUUGUCAUGCAGUGUUAUUUGAUUGUUUACCUCUAAUUGUACGGUGGCCCUCCGUAUUGUUGUUAUUUAUGCUUGAUUAUACACAAGGAAUGCACAUAUGCAAAGAGUACAAUGAUUGCACUGUAUAUUUGACGAGGAUGUAAGUGAAGGGGCAUUUUAGGGCUAUGAACAAGUGCUAAAGUGUGAAAUGAAGGAUACUUGAAGAAGUGUUUUGAUUGGCGUUCGAACCAAUCGUGAAUAAUGUGAGCAGCCGUUUGAAGAGGACUUGAGUUCAGUUGUGAGGUUUGUACCGUUGGACGUUUUAAAUACCUGUUAUCGAUCCUGUGCCUUAAAUAAACCCGCGGUGUAAUGUUUGCCUUCUUUAUGUUAUUAUUAUUUUGAAUGAAAUGACGCCUCGGGGGUUUUGAGGAAUAAAUGUUUUCUCUUGUGGAAAA